UUCAAACUUCAAUUUUCAAGCAACUCACGUGUUGUAGAUGAUUAAAUGGUUUUAUCUAUUUUGUGCUUGUAAAUUACAAGAAGUCCGUUUUAAGUUAUAACUUUUAAAUAAACUGAAAAAUUGGAAGAAUUAGUUGUGGUUGAUUGUGAACUGUAGUCUCUAAACUGUAUCGUACUAUUCGUACUUCAUUGUUCUGUUAAAAAUCAGUUAACACGUUGAUUCAGAUAGUCAAAUGUAUUAAAAAUGACAUCGUGUUUAGAUAAUACUGAAGACAUGAAUGGCAUUAACAAUGAUGAAGAAAUAAGUCGAUUAUCUGCCGAGAUAGCACUUUUAAAAGUUGAAUUGAAUAAAAAAACUGCAUUAUUGAAAAAAAAACAGAAGCAUUGCUUGACUAAACUUGAUAUUAACCGUUAUAGCAGACAGAUGAUUUUACCAGAAAUUGGUGUUGAAGGACAAAAAAAAUUAAAAACGUCAAGUGUUCUUAUAAUUGGAGUUGGUGGUCUAGGAUGUCCAUCAUCAAUGUAUUUAGCAAGUGCUGGUGUGGGUACAAUUGGAUUAGUUGACUAUGAUGAAGUUGAACUUAGUAAUUUGCAUAGACAGUUGUUGCAUGCUCAGUGCAAUGUUGGUAUGCGAAAAGUUGAUUCUGGAAAACUGUCAUUAAAUCGUAUGAAUGAAGAUGUUAACAUUAUUGUCCAUGACGUUCAAUUGGACGGUCAUAACUCAUUGGACAUUUUUAAACAGUAUGAUGUAAUUAUAGAUGCUAGUGAUAAUUUAGUUACUCGAUAUAUAAUUAAUGAUACUUGUGUAAAAGCUGGUAAGCCUUUAGUCUCAGGAUCAGCUAUACAUUGUGAUGGACAACUAACCGUUUAUAACUACAAAGGAUCCGUAUGCUUUAGAUGUUUACAUCCAAAACCACAAUCCCCUGAAACUGUAGGGAAUUGUGCUUCAGCAGGUGUUUUAGGACCAGUUCCUGGCGUUAUUGGGGUUCUGCAAGCAAUGGAAACUAUCAAAAUUAUUAUUGAUCAUCCAAAUGUAUUACACAACAGUUUACUGUUAUAUGAUGGGGGAGAUUGUGAGUUCAAGAAAAUUAAAUUAACAAAUGUAAAACGAAGUGGAUGUAUAUGCACUAAAAACCCAGAAGAUAUAACAAUAAAUAUGGAUUAUGAAGAGUUUUGUGGAUCAAAAGCAAAUGAUAAAUUUAAAGUGCUUAAUUUGCUGAAAGAAAAUGAACGCAUAACAGUUUUAGAUUUAAUUGAAUUGGUAUCUAAAAAACAACCAUUUUUGAUGAUAGAUGUACGUAAAAAAGUAGAAUAUGACAUGUGUCAUUUACCUUUUUCAAUAAAUAUUCAGCUAAAUGAUUUGAAAAAUAAAGAUACUCGUUCUAAGUUGAUUAAAGAUAUCAAUUCAUUUGGUAACAUAACACCAAACUUAAUUACUAUUUGUCGUCGAGGCAACGACUCUCAAAGAGCAGUAGAUGAGUUAAGAAAAUACACUGAGAUAACAAACAAUGUUAAAUGGAUAAAAGAUGUUGUAGGAGGAUUAUAUGAAUGGAGUAUGCAAGUAGACAACGAUUUUCCAAUGUAUUAAAAAUAAAAUAUUGUUGAUAAACUAUAUUGUAACUACUAUAAUAUUGUUACAUGGCAAUUAUUUUGAUAAUAAAAAGGUCCAUUUGAAUUUUA